AUGGCCAUGAAGGUAGACACGACAGGGGUCCCUGGCCGUGACUGCGACCGAGGGGCCACCAGGGAACACAUGCAGGCGGUCACUCGGAACUACAUCACCCACCCCCGUAUCACCUACAAGACCGUGUGCAGUGUCAAUGGGCCCCUGGUUGUACUGGACCAAGUUAAGUUUGCCCAGUAUGCAGAGAUUGUCAACUUCACCCUUCCCAAUGGGACUCAGAGGAGCGGGCAGGUGCUUGAGGUGGCUGGGACCAAAGCAAUUGUACAAGUGUUUGAAGGGACCUCUGGGAUCGACGCCCAGAAAACCACCUGUGAAUUCACAGGGGACAUCCUCCGGACCCCAGUGUCAGAGGACAUGCUGGGUCGGGUUUUCAAUGGCUCCGGCAAACCCAUUGACAAGGGGCCAGUAGUCAUGGCAGAGGACUUCCUGGACAUCAAUGGCCAACCCAUCAACCCCCAUGGGCGCAUCUACCCUGAGGAGAUGAUCCAAACGGGAAUCUCACCCAUCGACGUCAUGAACAGUAUCGCCCGGGGCCAGAAGAUCCCCAUCUUCUCUGCAGCCGGGCUCCCCCACAAUGAGAUCGCUGCCCAGAUCUGCCGCCAGGCCGGGCUGGUGAGGAAGUCCAAGGCUGUGCUGGAUUAUCAUGACGACAACUUUGCCAUCGUCUUUGCAGCCAUGGGGGUGAACAUGGAGACAGCCAGGUUCUUCAAGUCUGACUUCGAGCAGAACGGUGCCAUGGGGAACGUGUGCCUCUUCCUGAACUUGGCCAAUGACCCCACGAUCGAGCGGAUCAUCACCCCGCGUCUGGCGCUGACCACGGCCGAGUUCCUCGCCUACCAGUGCGAGAAGCACGUGCUGGUCAUCCUGACGGACAUGAGCUCCUACGCAGAGGCCUUGCGGGAGGUCUCGGCUGCCAGGGAGGAGGUGCCUGGGCGCCGGGGCUUCCCCGGCUACAUGUACACGGACCUGGCCACUAUCUACGAGCGGGCAGGCCGCGUGGAGGGCCGGAACGGCUCCAUCACGCAGAUCCCCAUCCUCACCAUGCCCAACGACGAUAUCACCCACCCCAUCCCGGACCUGACAGGCUUCAUCACAGAGGGACAGAUCUAUGUGGACAGACAGCUUCACAACAGACAGAUCUAUCCCCCCAUCAACGUGCUGCCUUCCCUGUCUCGACUGAUGAAGUCGGCCAUCGGAGAAGGCAUGACGAGGAAGGACCAUGGAGAUGUGUCCAACCAGCUGUACGCCUGCUAUGCCAUCGGGAAGGACGUGCAGGCCAUGAAGGCCGUGGUAGGCGAGGAGGCGCUCACGCCCGAGGACCUGCUCUACCUGGAAUUCCUGCACAAGUUCGAGAAAAACUUCAUCAACCAGGGCCCCUACGAGAACCGCUCGGUGUUCGAGUCCCUGGACCUGGGCUGGCAGCUGCUGCGUAUCUUUCCCAAAGAGAUGUUGAAGCGCAUCCCGCAGAGCGUCAUCGAGGAGUUCUACCCCCGGGAAGGGGCGCCGCAGGACCCCACGGUGGACACUGCGCUCUAACCCCUGCCUGCAGCACCAGCCUGCGCCUGCGCAGGACCCACCGCUCCACGACCCUUCCACGCCCUCGCC